ACAGUUGCCUUGAUAAUCACGGGCAGUACCAUGAUGGUAGGGGGUACUGUAUUGACUUGCCCUCUUUGGGUCUCGGACGGCGAGGAGCACGGGAUCCUUUGCUAGCAACCACGAUGACAUUGAAUACGCCUCUAUAUCUCCAGAAUGCUACCAAGGCAGCGCCGGAGACGAAGAUACGAGCUUCUAUCCUUGCUACUGCGCUCGUCGAUGCCCUGGGAGGUCCAGCCGAAUUUCACGCCCGGUUCUCUUUCGAUAUUGUCGACACCAUGCUCCCCAACGACAAUUUCUCUCUUCCUCCAGGCGUGUGGACGGACGACACAUCGAUGACCCUCUGUCUAGCACGGUCACUUGCCACCUACCUCCCUGAUAACUCAGCACUGGCUGGGGGAUUCGAUGAAUGCCACCAGUUAGCGGCGUACACACAGUGGUGGAAGCGAGGCGUACUCUCCGCCACCGGUAAAUGCUUUGACAUCGGCAACACAAUUUGUAGAGCUCUGACUAUCUACUCGAGCAAUCCGACAAAGAAACCACUCAAACACAUCCAGAAUGAGCUUAGUGGAGAGUUCUCCUGCGGAAAUGGAAGUCUCAUGCGCAUCGUCCCCAUAGGACUGGCAUACUGGCGUGACGAGAACCAAGCAAGGGAUUACGCGCGAAGAAGCAGCGCCACUACGCAUCCCAAUGAACUUUGCAAGGAAGCCUGUGAAGUCUGGACAGGCGCAAUAUGCAUGAUUAUGGCAUCCGCGACGGCCUCAGAGGGUCCCGAUAUUACGAAGCUUGACCUACUUUCAUAUUUCGCCUCAUUUCCCUAUUCCCAUCCAAAGCUGCAUGGAUUGCUCGCCCUUCCUUCGUCUGCACCUUCGCCUCCUUCAGCAGCGAAAGCUUUGGAGAGCUACUAUCAACAUUACCAUCCCCUUAUGAAGCUCAUAGCAGAAUGUGAAUCCGAGGCCAAGAAUUCAAAGCUUCCGUUGCAUUUGCCCCAGCCCGAGACGUUGCCGUCCUCUGGUUACGUCGUCGAUACUCUGAUUGCCGCCCUCUAUUGUUUCUUUUCCACCAGUACAUUCGAGCAAGGCGCUAUCGUUGCGGUGAACUUGGGCGAUGAUGCUGAUACUGUCGGGGCGGUUUAUGGUGGUCUGGCAGGAUGUUGGUAUGGGUCUGAGCCGAGCAGCGCCUCCGAUACCUUCUGGAGUGCCAAGGUAGCGAAUUGGCACGAGAGUCUGGUUAAAAAGGAUGUCAUUUCAGAAGUUUCCGAGGCAUUGGUCAGAUUUUCAGAAAGGCUAUCAAAAUGAGCCAGCAGGUUUUGAAGCGAGUCGUCGGGUAUUAGGAAUGCUAUUCUUCCUUUGUACUAUGGUCCAAUAUUAUAUGUUAAUUGAGUUUGAUUGAACCUGGACCAACAGAAUUAGAGAGUACAUGACAUGUAGAUGUUACCGAAUGCUUCAGAACUCUUUUCGACAAUGUAUCGGAAUGAUAAUCGCAAAUUUCCGGCUAUAUUAUGGUCCAUGUCUGUACACGUAUUUUACAUGGUCAAGUGCAGUUGAACAAUUUGUACUCCAGACUGAUUCUGUUAAUUGAAUGUCGAAGAUAUCACGAGCCCUUCACAGUAGCAAACGGGAGAUCCGAACUUUCGAGGCAGUAAAGCUGGGCGGGCUGCGCAAAGCGACGAACGGCAAUGCUAUAUAGAACAACGAACCUUCACGCGUUCCUUGUAAGUCAGCAUAGACGACGAAGCAAAAAAAAAAAGGCCG